CGUUGACGCGUUAUCACGUCGUCAUCAUCUUGUCUCGUUGUCACGACAUUGAGUCCUUGACUGUCGAAGACAAGCUUGACACCGGCGUGCUAAUCUACUUCGCCCAACAGUGCCAGAGUUGUAAAGAUUUUAUCAACUUGUAAUAGCUUUGCUCUAGGGUGUACUCGGAUUCCAUUUCGUUGUCAUCGUCAACGUCGUCUUUGUCGUGCUGUUACUUGUGCCAAAAGGAAACAGGAACUCUUUAAUAAUACAUACUACAAACGAGAGAGUAUCAAGAAUAAAUUCUGUUGCACGAGCACCAUAACCAUAUCUCUAUCAGUAGCAGAAAGAAGUCGGAUGUAAACACUUAGUGCUUCGUAACAUAUAUGUGCGUGUCUUACUAGCCAAGAUUAAUAAUUGUAAAAAGUUUUCUUACCGUUUUAACAAACUAAAAAAAUAACCUUGUGGAUCUCCAUUACACAUCAACGCCCGGUGGUGAUUAUUGGAUUGUCCAAAGGUCCCAUUAGAGUGCUAUCAGAUCCAAAUAGAAUAUAACGACGCAAAGCGGGAUCCAAAGAGGAAACUCGAAAAUUAAAUCAACGGAGAUAAAUAGCCAACGAUAACGGCUAACCCCUCUCUCACCAGUGAACGUCGUGAUCAUCUUCCAUUGCCCAAAGGAAUCACUAUUCGAGGCUUCAUUUCGACACAACCAAAAGAAAUUCUAUAAAUAACCCGCAUUCAGGACGAAGAAAAAACGAGGACAAUAAAAGUCACUCGUACAAUUUUUUGGGAUCAUUCCAAACUGACGAAAAGGAACAAACAGUGCAAAGUGUUUAUUUUUAACAGAAACAGUAUAAACUUACGACCAUCCUUCAGCCCUGCAGCAUCCGAAUCUUACGUGAGUGGAAGCAGUGUGACAGUGAGUGAAGUGCAAGGAAAAAUAAUUCUAGCAUCAACAGCGAAACAAUCAAGUUUCUUCAACUUUCCAAACUUCCUGGCAAGAAAACAACAGUAGAGUGCGCAACAGAACAGAGAACAAAGCGACAAACACGGUAAACACACGGAACGGAAGUGGACUGUGCUAAAAUCAUUUCCUGUUUCACGUGUUGCCUCGAGUGGCUUUUAACGAGGGCAGGAGAGACGCAGACGCAAGACUUUUUUUUUAAUCGCAGGUGUUUAGCAAGUGCUAUCAAACACCAGCCCGUAAUUAAGGCAAUUGAUACACUUCAGUGCGGUCCCAGUGGUGUACGAUACCUAUAACACCACACUACAGAUAGACGAGACUGUGUGAACCGAAACCACGUGUGACUGUUGGUGUGCGUGCGUUGUAGCGUCUCCGUACAAUACGCGCCAAUGUGAAAGGAUAUCAAGAUCCGAGAUUUUGGUAUUCAUAUCACAUCGACCUAAUUGAUUCCGGGCGUUCUCUCCCUACCUGCUCACAAGAAGUAGCUCGAAGCUCAAGUGUCGACCACCGUCGUGUGCUGUGUAUUAGUAUAUUGCACCUCCGAGAGCUAGUCCCUCGCGUAGAAGAACACUCCAAAGGAACACACAUAACAAUUUGUUGGGAAAAAACAAGAACUCGUGCCACCACCACCACUACCAUUACUACUACUAAAAAACAGCGGUCCGAAUUUUCGUUGCCCAAGGGGGAACCAAUCUUUUCUCUGCUUUAUGCGAUUUGCGUUAGGGAGAUCCUUCAAUGAGGGUUACCAGCAGGAUUUAAACAUUUGCAAGCCACUUGUCAAUCAUCGUCAUCCAUUAAUUUGAUUUUAACAUUCAAGCUUUCCAUUUUCAAUUCCGAGUUUCCAUCUGGUAACCCUGAUUCAGGAUCUUCUGGUACAAUUCAAGAACAUAACCGCGAAUCAAAAUGGAAAAACCGUCUCGCUACGCGUAAUUUGGUUUGAUUGAAAACAAGCGGCCGGGUAAAUUGAAAGUGACGAUCCUCGCGUAUUUACCUCUCAUUUUUCAACCGUCCGUUCGUUUUUCACGUUUUUCACCUUCCCCUCUUCAGCAGGUCCUUUUCAAAAAGGUUCGAUUCUUUCCUUGGCGUUUCUUAAAAGCGUUUUAAUUUACUUAAUCCUUCGGCGUGAGAUACAUACAACAUACAACCUUUUCUAAUAACACACAACGGUUCACCAGUGAAAAAGGAGAAAAGAGUGCAAAGGAAAAAAAAAAGAAGAUCAAAUAAAAAGGUUUAACAGAAGAAAAGUGCGACGUUUACAUACCCGGUUGAGUAAUAGCGCAGGAAAGAGCGAGAAGCAAUAUACGCAAGUCAACGCGAGACGAGCGCGCGCGCGAGAAAGGAAGAAAGUUUCCAAAAUUUUUAAUUAAUCAAGUUUUUGCAACGCGCGAGCAAGCGGAAAAGGUGAAAAUUCUAUCAACGUCGGUAACAGGACCAACAAUAGCAACAUCAGCAAUGGAGGAAGCCAAGGCUAAGCUCACCGAGAUCAACCUGUCCGACGAUCCGGCAGUUACGCUCACCAUCCGGCUCAUCAUGCAGGGCAAGGAAGUCGGAAGUAUAAUUGGCAAAAAAGGAGAAAUUGUCAAACGAUUCAGGGAAGAGUCCGGCGCGAAAAUCAACAUAUCAGAUGGAUCCUGUCCGGAGCGAAUCGUUACGGUGUCCGGUUCCAGAAGUGCUAUCUACAAAGCCUUUACACUGAUCACAAAGAAGUUCGAAGAGUGGUGUUCACAGUUCCAAGACAAUACUAAUGCACAGGGUAAAACACAGAUUCCAAUCCGCUUAAUCGUACCAGCUAGUCAGUGUGGUUCUUUGAUCGGAAAGGGUGGCUCCAAGAUAAAGGAAAUUCGUGAAAUUACAGGGUGCUCGAUUCAGGUCGCUAGUGAAAUGUUGCCAAAUUCGACGGAACGUGCCGUCACGUUGAGCGGUUCGGCGGACGCCAUCACACAGUGUAUCUACCACAUAUGCUGCGUAAUGCUGGAGUCGCCCCCGAAAGGAGCCACCAUCCCGUACCGACCGAAGCCACAGAUGAACGGGCCGGUCAUAGUGGCAAACGGCCAGGCGUACACCAUCCAGGGCAACUACGCCGUUCCAGCACAGGAGAGAUACUUUGCUCCCGUCCGUACCUGCACAGUAUUUCCACUAGCCAUAGCCGGCGGCUUGCAUGCGGCAGGCAUCUCAGGUUUAGCCGAUCCAUUACUAAAAGGAACACAUCUACAAGGAGCGAUACCUCCACAUCAUCUACAACCGAUACCUGAUGUUGGCGGACUUGCCAAAAACCCACUGGCCGGACUGGCAGCGCUCGGACUUGCCGGUGCUAUUCCGACCAACACUGGUGGACUGAACCCAACAGCUGCCGUUGAUGUUAAGUCGCCAAACUGUAAUGCUCUCGCAGCGCUGGCCGGUUCCCAGCUGCGGACCAACAACAACCGCAACGUGACCCAGGUUCAGUCCCAAUCCCAUGAAAUGACAGUGCCAAAUGACCUGAUCGGUUGCAUCAUCGGCAAGGGCGGUACCAAAAUCGCCGAAAUCCGCCAGAUCUCCGGUGCAAUGAUCCGCAUCUCCAACUGCGAGGAACGUGACAGUGGCAACACCGACCGGACCAUCACCAUCACCGGCAAUCCGGACUCGGUGGCCCUGGCGCAGUAUCUGAUCAACAUGAGCGUCGAACUGCAGAAGGCGAACCUGGGCGAUGAAGCUGCCGCCUCUGGAACCGCCAGCACCGGUAGCUCGGUGAAUCCACUGCUCCAGAAUUCCAGCGGCAGUACCGGCUCGAGCAACACGGCGGGCAGCUCCAGUUCUGCUUCCGUGGCGAGUGCCAGUGCCAUCGCGAGCAAUCCGCUCGCUUCGGCCAUUCCUUUAGCGCAGCUGCUCUCCAAACCUGGUGCGCUGAAUGCCCUGACCAGCCUGUCGGCCCUCGGUGGACUGUCCGAUCUGCUCGGUAAUCUGUCCAGCGGGGCCACCGGCGUCGGGCUGACCUCCAUUCAGACCACCGGUGUCAAUCGACCGAAAACGACCCGGAUGCGAUCCCCGAACAGCAACACCAGCAUGAACGGUGAUAGCAAUAAGAAGAGCGAGCGCAAUAAAUUUAAUCCCUACUAGAGUGGGGUUGCUCCCGAUGUGUAGUAGAAGUAGCCAGGAAGUAGGAGAACGGUCGCGGAGCUUAAAAGUAACUUCCGAUAAAAUGCAGCAGCAGGAAUCCUGCGCGCGAAUAUGUGUGUGUGUACGUUAGAGUAGAAAGCGUAGGGACAAAGUUUAAUUGAGACGACACUUUGGAUGAAAGUCGUUUUUGCUCUUUUCUGUUGAAGAAGAGAAUCGGAGAAAGUCAAACAUGAAUUUAUUAUAGAGCACUGACGAUUGGAAGAAAGGUUCUUUUUUACAUUUUGUCAAAUGCGCUUCGCAUACCUGCUCCAGCUAUAAACCGAAGAUUCCCAGUCAGAAUCCGGUUGGGGCUUGGCAGACUGAAGCAGGCGAGAUAAAACAUUUAUUUAUAGAAUUUAAUUCAAUUAAGAUUUAAAAUAGGAUCACGAUCAGCAGCCGACGGCAGUGAAGAGAAUCGUAGAGACAGGCGAAGGCAGAGUCGUUCGAGCUUUCAGUUUUUUUUUUUUUUUUUUUUCGUUUGUUUUACUCAGUACCGUUUUGAUUCUAUUAUUACUAUUGCAAACAGCAUACCUAGUAGCAUGCUGAACCAACAGUAGAGAGGCAGUCAUCCAGCAGAAGUAGAGACUCCAAUUGCGUUUCGGAGAAUUUGAUGGCCGCAUGCUAUAACUAUAUUUAGUUCCGUCGCGAAAUGGUUACAGAUUCCUUUUUUGCCAUAAGCACGCUGGCAGAAUGCGCGCCGUGCUAAAAUUAACCGAACUGUCACUGAAAAUUCUACCCCGGUCGGUGAUACGUUCUCGAAAGAACAUUGUAAUUUACAAAUUUAUUUUGUAACGCUUUUGGUUCUAAUUAAUGAUAAACUACGUUAUACAUUUACCGAAUCACACAGUGCUCAUUUUGCGGCAAAUGUUGGCUCUUUAGAAUGUAGAUUUCUGUAGGUGUUGAAAACGAAUUUGACGUUUCAAGGAAAAUGUAGUGAGUUAUAGUUUUUGAAUAAAUAGUUUGGUAUAAGGUUGAUCUGGAGAUUAGAAAUGCAAAAAUAGUUGUAGAGGAAUGGCUUCUAAAUUAAAACUCACUAGGAUUGGCUUUCGAACUGAACACAAGGGAUGCUCGCUUACAUGUCUUUAAGGACAAGGUUGAUAGAUUCCACAAAUGGCCGUUAUCAUCAACCAUGAUAGCGGCCACUUGUGGAUUCUACCUAUAUUGUCCAUAAAAUAUGUUUCUUUGAUCAUUUAACUUCUAAAAACCAUUACUCUACUCCAAAAAUAAUCAAAUAUUUAGGUAAUCUUAAACCUUCGUAUUCUCACUAGCUAAGAACCAAAAACAAAAUCGCAAUUGAUACGAAAAUUCUUCCUUAUGGCUUAAAAUGACUAGCCAAUAAGCUCCAUCGCAACGAACAGGGCUCAUCCCCUACCAGUAUCUUCCGUGGCCUGGGAUACCGCUUGGCCCGGAAGGUAUUUGGCUUUAACUUUUCAUCCUCGUUGCCAUUUCCUUUAUAGGGGCUGUGAUGAAUGCCAUCAUGCAGAACAGAGUUCAUAUCAGAAGGCGAACGAAUCGUACGGAUCCAUCACAGCAUCAUCAAUAUGAAUUAGACGAGAGCCACGUUGCUUUGAAAACUCGCCUCAUUUGACUUCGUUUUUUUUGUUUGCAAAAGCAAAAAAAUGGAAUGAUUUUCAACGCAAGCACAUCAAACAUUCCCGUCGUUCCGAUGAAUGAUGAAUGAGAGGAAAUCUGUGAAUUCCGCCCCAACACCCAUCGACGGGCAUCAGGUGCCAUUGGAAGUCGGUCUUUAAUGAGAAAAGACGCUAAACAAGAAAAAAGGAAAUCAUUAAAUCUCGAACCUCGGUAACAACGAGCCGCUUUGGAGGCGUCGUGGAAUGCGUUGCAGCAGUGAUCAAUAAUUCGAUCCUAAUCACAUUAAUCCAAAUUAGUCGCCCGUGUAAUCUGACGCUUUCGGGUCGGGUGUGCGUUCUUUCAUGCGCGGCGAGAGACGGGGCGUAAAGUUUUGUCGAGUUGGUACCUUUUGCAUGCCUCCUCAGAACAGAAGAACCGGGAAGGGAUCCGGGAAUGUGGUGCCUGUUUUCUAAUCUUUUUCGCAUCAUUCUCUCAUUAAGUUGAUUAACUGUUUUAAUUAUCUGCUCCUUCUUCGGUGCCGCCGAAGGCUGUUGGUGUACGACAAGGGGUUGCUUCAGGAUGCCACUAUCGCUGUUGUUCGAAUAUGAAUGGGAUGUGGAAACAUAAAAAAAUUGAAUUAUUGAAGCAUUAUUGAAUAUUUAAUGAAUUUGAUGUUUUAAAACCAUUCCUGUUUGCUUAUCCGCGGUGAUUGGUUUAGCAGGUUAUAUCGUUAUUAUAGUUUGAAGGAAAUCCGGUGCAUUAGAACGGAAUUGUCCCUAUUGCCUUGAAUGGUGUAAUCUAUCUUUAUGAACAAUGGCAUCAAAUAACUUGAUUUCAUAACGGAAAUGUUCCAAACUAAAAUUACAUAAGGUUUGUAGAAUGUUAACUUAUGUUUUAACGAAGACAUCAUAUCAAGAAGACUGGCAACUUUCCAGAAUACAGUAGUUGUGGUUGAAUGACUGAGCAAUGAUAUUCGUAUAGGGUGGCUUUUCAGUCUCGCCAAAAUCUAAAUCCUGUUAUUUUUGUUUGGUCCAAAAUAAAAGUAAAAUUUUGAUUUUGCCGAGUCUGAAAAGCCACCCUAAAUGAAAAAAUAAUACGCAGCGGAAGCAGUUCUAAGAGUAAAGAGAAAAUAUACAAACCAGUCUGCUAUGAGUUGCCAGUCUGCUUAAUAUGUUGUCUUUGGUUUUACGAAGUAUGGGUCAACUUCAGAGGAACAUUUCCAAGUCAAUAGCAAAGACAAAUUAAUUUAAGACUCGACCUUCUCCGAUUUGCCUGAAACUUUGAAUUAUUAUUUGUAAUGGUCAAUCAUUCACAUUUAAGCUAAAAUUCGGCCAUUUUGAAUAGGUCAAAAAAUGUCAAAAUGGUGUAUUCAAUAUUUUUCAACAAAAUUUGAUUAUCAUAACUCCAAAACGUCACUUCCAAUCGUAAUGACGUCUGAGACAAAGUUGUAGGAAAAAAAUAUUGUUUUUCAGGAAAAAUAUACACGGUAAAAAAGUGAUUUUGAGUUAAAAAUUAAAAAAGGGAUUUUUUUUAUAUUUUUCUUAUUGGUUGUCUUUAUUAAGAAGAAAACGGUUUAAUCUAAAUAUACGUUUUCUUUGCAAAAUUUCACAAAAAAAAAUUGAUACAGCAAACAUUUUAAAAAUUUGCCCCAACUUUGUUGCUCAAUGAUUUUUGUUAAUUUUUAAGUUUUUUUUAACUUUAUUAGCGAGAUUUUUAGCUGGCUAGUUUAUCUCGUUUGAUUUUCAAGUGUCCUACUUAAUAAUUCCACAGAAGCUACCAUUUAUCCUGAGUAUGUUGAUGAUUUUUUUUAAAUAUUGAAAAUUAUACACCACCCAAAACUACUUAACAAAUUCGAAUUCGAGUUAUGAUUUGUUGAAAAAUAUCAUAUACAUCGCGUCAGAUAGGAACUACCCUGAAGCCUUUCUGUUUUACUAUAGAGAGCUUGCAUGAACUCUAGACAUCCUAUGAGUUGAUUACAGAGGUCUAACGGUUUAAAUCUAAAGGUCUUACAAAUCAUGGGUAGAGGCCUUCCUUUUUUAUAUAGAGGUAUGGAGUAGUGAUGCACCGAAUAGUGCUAUUCGACCAGGUACAUAGGGCGUUUACAUCAAAACGUUAUCUGAUAUUCGGCCUUUUCUCACCUAGAAAGUGGCCGAUAAAGUGUUUGAUCGAAAUUUCAUGGUGGAAAGGUUGAUAUUCGGUCUAAGUAUUCGAUCAAACAUUUAGUGGCCGAAUACUUGGUGCAUCACAUCACGGUACAAGAGUAAUUUUCUCGGACUUAUGGGCACUAUUAUGUAAGUCGCUUCUCACUUCUCUUCCGGUCACUAGUCUAUUUUGGUAUUAAAGAAGUAAUACCAAAUAAGACCAGUGACCAGAAGGGACGCUCGCCUCGACUUAUAUAAUAGGCCCUUUCUCUUAGAUCGACCCUAAAUUCAGAUAUCAACUUCAGAAACCUUCAGAGGCCUUCUUAACAAACUUUUAUGAUUUUUGGUAAAUUUCUAAGAUUCCAUUAGUCAAUAAGGAUUAUGAGGCCGUAUGGUUGAUAUAAUCGCGAUGGCAUUACAAGCCUAUUCCAGAUAUCUUGCAGUCUACACCAAAAGGCUUCAUGGGUAGACUCCAAAUAAGUCUUAGACCAAGUCCAGAUGUGGUAAUAUAAAAAAAUCGAAUGAAUCAACUCUGAAGGUCUUGUAGGUUUAAGUCCAGUACGUAAGCUUUUAAGGAAUUAAAUAAAUUUGUUACCUAAGACUACCUUCAGGGAUCUUAUGGGUUAACUUCAGCCUCCUGAUCCCGGACUUUGAAGGCUUUAUGAGAUAACUACAAAGAGGUUUUAUUUAUCAGUCUCAGAUGCUUUCCGAGCAAACCUGGAGAUCAAAUUGAAAUCAAAAUGGUCUGUUAUGAUGUAACUUAUUUUGAAUACUCCAAUUUAUCUCAUUUUGGUUGCACCGCAAUAAUGAGGGCAACAUGUUAACUAUUGAAUCAAACACAAAACUAAUUCUGCUUUAAAUGAAAUCAAUUUCAUUACUGAUUUUGCAUUCAUAAUAUUUAACUGAAUAUUGGCCUGGCGUGAAUGUUUAGCAUCCAUGCUUCUCGCGCUGAAAGACUUGAGUUCAAAUCUCGACCCGGAGUAGUCACGAAUGACCUGAAAUGUGUUCAACAAAACAAUUAAACAAUAAUCAUUAGUUCAAUUUUCAACAAGACAUUAACAGCAGAACUUGAAGUUAAGCUGCUCUCUUGUAAAAAAACUGAAAGCACAAUAUGUAAUCAGACUUAUUUCACUACAAUUAACAUCAAAAUGAGUCUCAAUUAUGAUAGGAACUGCAAACUUUAAUAUCGAUUGGCUUUCAUUUUGUUAAUUGACUUUGCUCGGGUUAAGAGUCAGGCCUGAACAUACUCAUUAUAGCUUAAAUACUACUUUUCGAAAUUGUGAAACUAUGAGAUAUUAUAUUAAUAUUUUUUAUAUGUAAGAUGCAAGAAGAGGAGGUAAAAUUUGUAUAUGACACAUAAAACCAGUCAAUUUUGCUUUCAGAGAGUCACACUUACCUAUUUAAGCUGUAAUGAGUAAUCGUCAUGAGUGAGUACUAUUCGUUAUAGCUAAUCGCUAAUUGUGACACUCUAGAAGCGAAAUUGACAGGUUGUAUGUAUUAUACACAAACUUUACCUCCUCUUCUUGCAUCUUACAAAUACAAAUUAUUAAUAUAAUAUCUCAUAGUUUCAUAAUUUCGAAAAGUAGUAUUUUAGUUGUAAUGAUUAUGUACAGGCCUGGUUAAGAAUCAGACCUUAAAAGGGUAGUUGAGAGGAAUUAUUGAUGAUCUUCAGUCAGCUGCAGAGGUCUUAACUUCAGAUAUCUUAUGGAUCAACUAAAAAGUAAACAGUCCGCACUUGGUGUGAUGCGUGUAAUGGUAACACCCGAAGUCAACACACCAAAAUCUAAUUAUUCACUCCAACGUGUAAUUUGUGAGUACUGAUGCCUUAAAAGCUACAGGCCUUCAUUCACCGAAGGAACAUAAUUUGUGCUUGGUGGCCUCAAAAUUGGUUCUGGAAUGCUGAACUCCAUCGUCGUUGACAAAUUCAAGAACACAAGUGAAACUGGGUAGACCACAGAUGGACCGAAACAAACCUAAUGAGUUAGCGAUGGAUUGUAAUCCGGCAUGCUAUCGCAAUUGAGGCAGACCCUGCGAGUCAGGAAAAGGCAUCAGCCCCUGAAUGUGCCUCUGUUGCAAUGUCCUGUCGGGUUUCAAUCCAGCGUUUGCUAGCAGAUUUCAUUUCCGCCCAUUCGUAGUGUGUAGCCGACCGACCUUCACUUACAUUAAUAUAUGUUAAUAUCAGUGGCGUUUCGUUAACCUCAAUCUACCUGUGCACCAACUCCCAAAACAUAAACAAUUAUCAAAAUAUUGCUUGCAAUGGAUUGAUAUCGAGUGAACUAGAAGAUUAAGUGUAUUUUUCAACCGAUUCGAGUAUGAAUAUGGCAUUAAAUCUGGUUUUGAAAGUUGGUCCACAGGUAAAAAGUGAGGCUACGGGACGCCACUGGUUAAUAUCAACUCCUGAUGACAUCGAUGAUCGAGCUCGGCAUUUGAGAUUCAGUUGUCAGGCUGCCAGGUAUGAAUUAUAUUCCGCAGGCAGGUUUUGAGUGGUCUCCACUGAUUCGCACCACUGACUCGCUGGUGUGUAACACUUCCCAAGCAACACAUAUGUUCUGUAACAGUUUGUAUAACCUCUGUAUGACUGAUUUUGGUUGUAUAGCAGUUUGCUCAAUAUAAUUCUAUGAAGUUGUGUUACUUGGGUUCAGAUUUCACAACUUUCUGAUUUUAGUGCAUUGAUGCACUUUUUUGAUCUCCAAAUGUUGCCUAAACUCGCAAAGGCAGAAGUGCUUUAUUCCGCAGUAAAGGGUGGAGUAGGAUUUUUAGAAAUAUGUCCGACACUACGAAGUAUCAAGGUCUAUGGAUGUAUAAUAAACAUCACAAGGAGUAGGAAAUGGGGUGACAACAAACUUGAACUGCCUCACUUGACGUCACUGAUAUAAACCAGCUCAUAGUUAAAUCCAGAAGCCUUAUGGAUCAACUGAUUUUAUGGGUCAACUUUGCAUGUAUUGUUGAAACGUAUUGUGUCACCACCACCAUCCAAAUGGGAUACGUCCGAAGGCCUGAUAUCGAUCCAUCACAGAGAUUUUGGGUCAUCUUCAGAGGUCUUGGGUAUCUUAUUACAGGAUCAACUAUGGUUAGAGGUUAUAUUCAAAAGCCUUAUGGGUCCAAUCUAUAGGUCUAUGCAUAAUUUGCAGAGAGUUCUUGGACCAUCUUUUAAAAUCUUACGGGCUAACUUUAAAGGCUUUAUGUUUUAAAUACAGACACAAGUCAAUUCUGAAAGUCGUAGUGCUUAGGAAUUGUUGAAAAGUUUGUAUGAACAACUGUAUAAGCAGCGGGAUUAAAAUCGCUCAAAAAUUAUCUACGUAUUUGAUGGACAGCCUCUUUUGGGUCAAAUCCGGAGAUCAUGAUGACUCAUGUUUAGAAAAUCUUAUGGAACAGGAUGUCUCAUAAGGGUAAUUUCAUUACGCAAACCAUCAAUGGGUUAUCGAUAGUGCUCAUCGUUCGUUUUUUUUUUUGUAUAAUUCGUCAUUUAUCGUGGACUAUAUGACAGCAUCUAAAAAGGGCAAUUCAUUAGGGGCGAUCAUGAACAUUCGUAGAAUAAUAAUGAUUUCACCGCUAAACAACCGAUUAUGUACUUUUUCAGACAGUGAAAAGCGUGAAAAGCUGACAUGCCAGUCAAAAUAAGUAUGGAAAUGCAUUAUCUCUUUGAAGUAGUUGGCUGACAGGAAAUAGAUAAUGUUGUGCUCGAUUGCUGGACACUGUGGAAUUGAAAGUAUUGAAAAGAUCGAUGCUUUAGCAACACAACAAUUAGCAAGUCGGCCCAUCAUCAUUUUGAGGGAUUACCAACUACACUAUCAAAAUGGUAGAACUUGGAAACAUAUAACGGUUGUGGUCAAUUGGAUCCCUCAUAUACAAACGCCUUAACUUUGACAAAACAAGAAUUUCACUGUGCACUGUGAAAAUAAACAAAAUGCUGGACGUUUCGGAGUGGAAGAAAAUGAUUUAUUCAAAAAAGGAUAUGUUUGUAAGAACUUAAACCUAUGGUAAUCACCGAUACAAUUUUCAUUUGCCGCAAUUAUGGCCUCAGCAUGCUUCCGGAAAAGGUUCUGAUAAUAUAGUCCGAAUUCAUCACACUAAGAUUAUUUCGCAGAUUUCUGUGAAAUUUUACCGAAAUCUCAACAGCUGAACUUGUUUACCGAAACUUCGGUUCGGUGAUUUUUCACAGUUUUCCAGUAAUUUUUCACAGAAUAUUAGGAAUCUGUGAAAUAAUCUUAGUGUGAUACCUCUUCAUGCGCGGGUCAAUGUUUGUCUGAGGCUUGCUGUACUGGAGUGGCGUUUGGCACAGGUCUUGGCCUUCAUGACGCGCCACACUGAAUAAUCCAAGGGACUAAGAUUGGGGAUGGAUGGCGUUUACAUAUCUUUCGGUCAGAACGGCAGAUGUUCCUUCAGCUGUUCGAGGUGUGACAUGGUGCCCCAUUUUGCUGAAAUACCACAUUCGGCUCCGGUUCAUAUUACUCAGUAAUCCACGGAAGGACAUACAUACUAAGAAUGUCGAUAUACACCUCCGUAUUCACUUUAUCCCCUGGUGCAAACAUCAUCACGCAUGCGGUAGACUGGAGCAAAGUCAUAUUUAAAGCUUCUGUAACUGAGAAGGGGCUGUUCACAUUCCACGUGGACAGUUUUUAAGAAGUGCUAGACCCUCCUCCCCCUGCGUGGGCAAUCAUCUAUAUAAAUGUUUAAAGCAUUCACCCCUAUUCUGUAUUUCGUUUCGAACGAAAUUCUCAUACAAAAAAAUAUUCUUUGUAUGAGAAUUUCGUUCGAAACGAAAUACAGAAUAGGGGUGAUUGUAUGGACCGUGGACAUUUGUCAACGCCUUCCCUAAACUCUACCCGGGUUAGGGAAACCCCGAUGGUAAAACCUAGACGGGCUAUUUCAAUGCAAACCGAGCAGGUCUAUCCCGGCCUAGAAAGGUUUGGUUUGCUAAUCCCCGAAAGGUUUUAAGUUUCAUGAAUAGUGGUAGAUGCAUAAAAGCAAACGGAAUUCACCACAAUGGAUCAUCAAUUUUUUUGCAGUGGUUUGGUUCUCCAUCAAGCAAGGAUGAUAAUCCGGCUUACAGAAUGUACCUUGCAAUGUCUAAACCGGGUACAUUCAAAUUCACAAUUCACUCGAAAUCAAUAUUUCAAACCGGGUGCUUGCGAGGUGACAUUUUUUACUCGAAUCCCAUCACUUCUCAAGAGUUUCCCUGUGAAUCACGGCAACCGCCGGCCGACGCGCUAGGAGGUGGAGAACAUAAUUCAAUUUGAGAGUGUUAUCCCCCUCACAUUCGCCUGCGCUCGUCCAACCAGGAAAAUAAAAAAAGCGUUGCUGUGACACUCACAAAGUAUACCUGUGAGACCGUGGAGGCCCCACAUCGUCGGUACGGUUGCCGUCGGAAUGUUAGCCGAUCCCGCCCUCUCCAGUUGCGCUUCGGUAAUGUAAUUGUAAGCAACAGAGCGGAAAGGGGAGAUUCGAACGGAGUCAAAAAAAAAACAUCGCCAACAUAUCACUUAACAGCGCACGGGAUUUGGCUGUGUAUCGCCAUUAGAGUGUCCCAGGGGGCAAACCUUCUUCACUCUUCAUUAGAACGUCAACCGAACGAGUGCGGAACUUUGACAGUGCCGAGAGGUGUUUACCGUUGUUGGUUCCCCUUGGGAGGUCACGAAAAUUGGCUUCAACAACUGCAGUCAAUGUUCGGGGACAUUUUUUAGGAACCUAUUCUUUGCAGCACUUUUGCAGACACCAAGUAAAAUUGAUCACCGUCCAACAAACGAGGACUGGACUGGCCAAAUCUUCUUAAAAGUAUCGAUGCCACGUUUGUCUUUACGGUGUGGAAACUUUAAGGUCUUCCUAUCAAGUCUUGAACCUCGCACGAUGCUUAGUGGGAGACAAAUUGAAAAAUAAUAUUUUUUCGGCUACUCAUUCCCCCGGUACGGUUAAUUUUUCAUCACUAAAAAGCUUAAAGCGGGGCUUCUCAACAAAUGGGGAAAUAAUUACCCCUACCGCCAAUCACCGGGAAAGAGGAAGCGAAAUGUGAUUUUAUUUACCCUCGCUGCUUCCGUCCUUCCUGCAACGCGGGAAGCAGGGAAAUUGUCCUUCACAGCAAAAAAAACUCAGGGGCAGGAGAGGUAAGGUGGAAAUUAUUAUCUAACCUCACCCGUCGUCGUCGUCAUCGAAGGGAAGCCUAUGGUAAAUUGUGGCGUACCUACAAGAAUUUUCUUUUUUUUUUUCGUCGCCUGUUUGUACCAAGCCAUAAACCGAGAGGAAAUGUGCUCUUAAAUUGGAAGAUUAACUCGCUUUUCGCGAGGGAUUUGCCACGUGUAGGUAGAUCAUAUUUUAAUGAGAGAGACAGACUCUGAGGUUCAAGUUUUCCCUGUUUGAGCGGAGGCGAAAUUCGUGUGCGUACGGAAAAAAAAUAAACAACCGGGAAAGUUGGUAGAUGGAGGGAAAUUAAAAUUGUGUAAACGUCGGAUUUUAUGACAAUUUAAUGAUUCAAUUUGUAGCCAUUUCUCCGGCACCACUGUUGUGCGCGAUGCUGGUUGUUGCGUGAGCGGUGGCACUUGUAGAGGGCUACGACGACGACGACGACGAUGUGCGUCCCCAAAUGGACUGAGAACAAUCAUUUUGAAUUGAGUGCUCAUACUUUUAUUUUUUUUUUUUUUUUCGGAAUACGCUGCUGCAACUGUCAUUUCCACUGACGAGGGGGGAUAAUCUGGUUUGAUGGAUGGGGAUAAUGUUCGUGGAAAUUAAUUUAUUAAUUUGGAAGGAAUGCUUUCGCUUGGAAACAGAAUACAGAAAUGAAUGACCGUUGGAAAUGCGCAGGACGAAUUAGAUUCGAACUCAGGGGGGAAAAUGGCAAUUUGAUCAAAUGUUUAACUUUCAGUUUUGUUGAAAAUGAAAAACGUUGAUCAUGCUUGAAAAUUUGUGAGGAGUCAAAUUUUAAGGAUACAUGUUUUUUAAUAGUGUAGUGUGACGGUUUCGGCAAUAACUUUAAGGCCUAUAAUCGCAUAUGGAUUUUCGUCAAUUUUGAGCUAUCGACGCUAUCCACUAUCAAUUGGCUUUCAUAUUAUAUGAAACUACGGACUUCGAUCAUGUCAAGUCAGUUUGUCCCCACAAACAAACUAAUCGCAUAUAAGUCCCAUUCUGAAAUUCAUUAUAUCAAAACAUCAAAGCUUCAUUGCAUUUGAUUUUACCUUGAAAAAAAUAUCAGUAAAUUUACUAUGAUUUUUCAAAUAUUUACAUGCCUAAUAGAUCUCGGCAAAAAUUACUGAGAAUUGCCGUACAUAAAACUAAGUGUGUAUGUAAGCCUCAAUUAGUCUAGUUAGCUAAGGCGCAGUAUAACCAAGCAGCAGGAUGCCUGGCCCAGUAUAGAAAAAAAAAUCAGAUUGAAAAUACACAUUUAAUAAAAGUGAAGAGCAACUGGUGAAUGUCACCUUCGGAUUACCAGUAUGGAUGAUUUACGCAACAGAUGUCGCUAGUAAAAAAUACGGUGAUUUAUUUUGCAUGCACAAAAUCGGAUGCUCAAACGGUUCCAAAUUGGGUUCUGAUAAGCCUCCCAAAAUUUUAAUUUAAUUAGUACGAAACUGACUAGGCACAAACCAUUGGAAGUUUAUAUGCAGCAUGAGAGAACCAAACUUUUUGUUCAUAUCUAUCUUGCAAUUCACCAUAUCGCUUUGCUUCAAAAAAUGAUAGCUGUGCAUGUAGGAAAUUUUCUCAGCUACAACUUUACUGGAGAUCACUUUUCGAUGAAAUGUAAUGAACAAAUGUUAGUAAUGAUUCAAGUCUUUGAUGUGUUAUGAUUAUGCUCAAUCAACUGUUCAAUGUUGCCUUUGGUAUUUCUGGCGCGUAGAAUAGAGCACAAACAACAUAGCUACUAUUUCACACUGCAGAAUACAGUGUUGGAAACAAAGCAGCUGCUUGAUCAUGCCAUAAGAUUAUCAGCCUCUUAAAUAAUUAAUAACUAAUUAAUUAUUUACGUUUGACGAUCUUUUGCAAAGUUGUAGCUGCGAAAAUUUACCAUAAGAAUAGCUAUAGAACUUUAUAACAGUGUAAUAUGGAAAAAGGCUUGAAGGCAUUGCACAAAAAGUUUGGUUUUCUCACAGUAAUUUUAAUAUAAACUUCAAAUGGUUUGUGCCAAGUCAGUUUCAUACCAAAUAAAUUCAAAUUUCGGGAAGCUAAUUAGGACCCGAUUUGAAACUGUUUGAGCAUGUUUGUAUCAGUCUAGUAGGUAUUGUUUUCAAAUUUAAUUCUCGAUUCAAUUUUUCUUCUCAUCAUCGUGCUGUCGAAGUCUUCACUCCUUUCGGUGUGAUUUUCAUCAUCAGCAGCGAGGAUUGCCUACGUUUUGCCUGUGAGCACUGAUGACAUUCACUUGACAUGGUUCUACGUCUCACUGUGUGACAAUACAUUCUGGCAGUGAUGGUUAAUUGGUUCGCUGGUGACUCACGUGAGUGGCGUAAUAUUUUACAUCGCUGAUCGACAGGUUUUAUAUGACAAACACAUGCUUUGCAACCUCUUGUAACAUGCAAGUAAAAUAUGCAAUCAUGACAUCAUAAUUUCGAAAAUUAUGUUUAUACGAAAUGGCCAUUCUCAAACUUCGUUGAACAAUGUUGCUAUUCCGUCAUCAAAGGAAGAAUUGCUAGUUCGACAUUCGUUGUUACUAGAGACCGAACACACCUCUGCAUUUUCAAGGCUGUCACGGGAAGGACGUUUUUGUUAGUUGGAAGGGUAAAUUGGAUCUGGAUUCACUUUUGCAUGUGAUGGGAUCUUUUAAAGCGUGAUGUGAUUCUUUCAAUUCAGUAAUGUUGAGGGGCCUUGACUAGACCCCCUAAGAGCAUCUGCUCAGUUAGCAAAAUCGGUCGCCACCAAGCCACUUAGCUCCUCACAUCACAACAAACCACGGUUACUGACUAUGCAUUUGAACCAGGCUCAGACAUACGUCAUAUUCAAACGCACUAAAAUAUACAGUGUUUAUUUGCAACGUUUUCUUUAAAAAAAAACACGGAUAUCGAGGAGAUAUCCACUAAGUACACCAAUUUUGUUAUGUUGAGUCGUAUUCGACUCAAGUCGGAGUUAUUCUCAUCGACCGUAUGUUGAGGAAGAUUCUUUGGAAUGACAAAUGCGUUGUUAUGUGGUUUUAAAUCACUCAAGCAGAAUAUAGAUUUGUGUGUUUCUAAAUAUCUGUAUACAUUGAUGUUUCCUUGAAUAAUGAGUAUAAGAGGUUGUUCAUAAACUACGUGGGCAUUUUUUGAAAAAUAUUGGAACCUCUUCUACUCCCCGUAUGUAAACAGUGCUUCAUACACAAUUAUUUGAAAACUGAGAAAACCGUAGACACCGAUCAAGGUAAAUAUUAGACAUAUCACUGAAAUGACGGAUAAAACAUCAAAAUAGAACUUUGCUUAGGUUGGCAGUAAAGGGCCAAAAUCGUGAAUAAUAUCUCAAAUUGGAUUCCCAAUUCAUAAAGAGGGGACGGUACCUAAAAAUCGCGACGUAUUAAGGCUUAAUUAUGCUCUAGACUUUAAACUCUAGGAACCACAUUAUAGUCAAAUAUGGUUAUAUAUUUCGGUCCUAGAAAUAGAUUUUAAUGUUUGUCGUAGAGUGUAAUUAACCAUACUGCACUAGCCUCCACCACGUUAUACUGUGUUUCAUGUUUACAUGUGAUCUCAAAUUAACUUUACUUCAAUGUGAACUAUGCAAAUUUGUUCUAUAUUCAUGGAUUUUUCCCCGAAAAUCCAAUCAUGCCCCUCUUUAAAAAUAAAAUAAUACUGACAACGUCAAACGAGCGGAAAGCUAUUGUUUGCAUUGAAAAGUUUUCGGAAAUUUCCGCAACCACUCGGGGUUGUUGCUUUCAAUUUGGUGGAAAAAGAAGUGAAAAAGCAUACGCUUCCCUCACGCCCCCAUCACGAUGGGGAUCAUUAUUAUUAUUACUGUCGAUGAAGCGAUGAGGAUUGGAGCCCCAAUCGAGUAUUCCACCCUCAGUGAGGGGGAGUGGGAGCCGAAAUGUGAACUCCUUGCACAUUAAACGUAGAACUCAUCAAUUUUCAUUUCAUCGCUUUUCAUCGAUAUGGCACAAGUGAAAAUAUGUGUGAAAGUACGAGCUGGCAGAUGUCUGCUCUCUGUAAAAAAAAACGGCAUUCCAUUUCAAUGUGUGCCAUGUGCAGCGUUCCCCAAUGGUCGAUAUCGAUAUCGAUAUUUAUUAUUUACAUUGCAACCACUAAUUGGAGUUUGGCAAUAAUAUUGCCCCCCUCCCUCACAUAAGCUAUUCCGAAAAUGAUCUGUAACAAUGUUCGAAGCCAAUCGCUAGUGAGCAACUAAAAAAAAAACAAUGAUUCAAAUCGCAGCCAACGAACACAGUUUAGGUAAAAAGUUGAAAUCGCGAAAAAUUGCAGUACAAAUCAAUGACCGUGCUUCUGAUCGGAAUACUAUAGUAGAGAUGAAGAUGUUUUUAAAUAAAUCAUUUCGUUCUAAGUUUUAUUUCUAUUGUAAUUUUAACAUACUCGGUGACCGUUUAGUUCGUAAGGAUUUUUGUGCUUUAGGCUCCGUUUAGUACACGUUAGCGCCACAGACGUAGAGGAGAAACAUUCUCCGAGUGCAGGGAAAGUUCUUGAAUAACCUCCAAAGGCGGAAUACAAAUGAACAUUAUGAAUAAUAUGUUUGACUUACGUAGAGUAAGAUUUUAGUCGAGAAUUUUUGCUGAAACAACUUAUAAGCUGUCAAAUCUUGAUAAAUUUUUGUAGUUUUUAGAAGGAGGACAUACAAACUUUACUGUAAGAACCCAUAGGUUUAAGUUUCAAGUAAAAUCAAGUAACUAUUCUCUAUAUGGUUCACGUUAGUAUAUGGGAAUCACUUGCAUACGAAAUCCAAUUUUAAUCCAAUCCAACUUGUAAUGUAUUUAAUCACCCUAUUCUAUUGAAUCAAACGUUGCAAAACCAAUCUCGACACGUGGAUAUGUUAAUCCAACAUGAAGCCAAUACACAUAACCAACAAAAUUAGAUGUUACAACCCCAGUUGAUUGACUGUAAUGACAUUACCAGACAGGAAAAUUCGAAGAAAUGAAAAACAAAACAUUAUUUGAUGAUCCAAUUGUAAUCAGAACCGUAACAAUGAGUUAAUAAAGAUAGACAUUGAGAUAAGUCAAAAAGCUAGCAAAA